AAGAAAAGAGAGACAAGGGGAAGAGAGAGGGAAUAGAGUCCGGAUCCUGUGCCUCUGUCUAGGCGAGCGCCGCUCCUUUCUUUGUCGCCCCCGACUGAAUGCAAGAUCCUCUCCCCCAGCUGGAUGUACCCAGGGCCGGACCGCCCCAAGAGAAGUCCCAGGCUCUGAUCUGCCCUUUGUUUGCUGCUGGAGAGCAGGGAUCCAGCCAGAGCCAUGCCCAGGAGAAGCAUCGUGCAAGUCAGUGUGCAGGACGUGCAAAAGCGGCGCAGUCCCAACAAGCAUUAUGUAUACAUCAUAAAGGUGACAUGGUCUAAUGGAACAACGGAGGUUAUCUACAGGAGGUACAGCAAAUUCUUUGACCUGCAGAUGCAAAUUUUGGACAAGUUUCCAGUUGAAGGCGGUCAGAAGGAUCCAAAACAGCGAAUUAUCCCUUUCUUGCCAGGUAAAAUUCUCUUCAGAAGGAGCCACAUACGUGAUGUUGCAGUGAGGAGACUGAUCCCAAUAGAUGAAUACUGCAAGGCACUUAUCCGGCUGCCAGCAUAUAUCUCCCAGUGUGAUGAAGUCCUGCAGUUUUUCGAAGCCAGAGUAGAAGAUUUCAACCCACCUAAAGAGGAACCUAUUGGAAGGAAGAAGCUGGGGUUUUUCAAGAAAACAUCUCCUCUUAGAACAGGUGGCGACUCUUCCUCAUCUGAUGCUUUAGUCCUUGAUCAGUAUGUUGUGGUGGCAGCUUAUGAGAAACAGGAGAGCUCAGAGAUCAGCCUGCAAGUGGGACAAGUUGUCGAUAUCAUUGAGAAAAAUGAGUCUGGGUGGUGGUUUGUGAGCACCGCAGAUGAGCAAGGCUGGACUCCUUUGUGGUUUAUUAUUUAUGCCUUGUUUUUCAACGCAGAAGAGAAGUAUAUCGUGGUCUACCCCUAUACAGCGAGAGACCAGGAUGAAAUCACCCUAGAAAAAGGAUAUGUUGUAGAAGUUAUUCAGAAGAACCUAGAGGGAUGGUGGAAAAUCAGAUACAAAGGCUCUGAGGGAUGGGCUCCUGCUUCCUAUUUAAAGAAGGUUGGGGGUGACCUGUUGUCCCAAAAGCUGGCUGCAGGGUCCAGUGCUAACUCUAGUGCCCUAGACUUGGAUGGAAUCACCAGGCAGCACAGCUUCACAGGGCAGGAAAGGGAGAGCCCAGCUCAUAUGAGAGAGGGGCGAAUCGAUACACGGCCCCCUCAUUUUGCAGAUAUUAAGAGGAAAUCUCCUGUAUUGAGACAGAGGCCGCCUCCCCGACGUGAUCUCACUAUUCCCCGUGGUCUCAAUCUCCCAACACCACCUACUCCCCCACAUGUUGAAGAAGAGUAUUACACUAUUGCAGACUUCCAGACAACCAUACCAGAUGGUAUAAGCUUCCAGGCUGGGCUGAAGGUUGAAGUCAUAGAGAAGAAUCACAGUGGAUGGUGGUAUAUUCAGAUGGAAGAUAAAGAGGGAUGGGCUCCAGCAACAUUCAUAGACAAGUACAAAAAAACUAGCAGUGCGUCACGACCUAACUUUUUGGCUCCAUUACCUAAUGAGAUGGCCCAGCUGUGCUUGGGAGAUGCCAGUGAAAAUAACACUGCAGAUGAAGCAACUGGGCCUUGUAGGCCAUUGCCUGAACCACCACAGAAUGGUACAGACUCCACAUCAAAAUGGUCCAAGGACUGGAAAGGCAAAGAUACUGGAUUUAAAGGCCCUUCAGUGGAUGUACGAGAUCUUGGCGCAAACAGUGUGUAUGAUGAAGCCGCUGGUGAUCUUGAGGAGAAACCAAGCCUACCACCAAGGAAAGAAUCCAUGUUAAAAACAGAAGAUGCUUCUGAACGAACAAGCACGCAUCAGCUGAGGGCUCCGCCUCCUAAGCCACCCAGCAGCAUGAUGGCACCCAUCCCUCAGAAAAAAAUGCCUUUAAAGGAUGCUGGGAAACCAGAGCUAAAAAAUGACAAAAGCAAAAUGUUCCAGUUGAAAAAUGAAAUGGGGAUCGAGUGUGGUCACAAAGUGUCACCGAAGGAACUAAAAAAACCAAUGCUUAAGCCUGUUGCCAACAAACCAAAGCCCGAGCCACCUACAGAAAAGCCUGACUCAAUAGCUUCAAAUGCAUUCUUAAAAUCCAAGCCAGUGGUGAGGCCCAAGCCAGUGACAGCUCAUAAGACUGAUCCUCAAAAUGAUGAUAAAGUUGAUAUUUCAAACCUGAGAAGCAGACUCAAACCAGCAUCAAAAUCCCUAGACAAGCCAAAUGACCAGGAGUUUACAGGAAAUGGUGCUUCCUCAUAUCCAACACCAACUUUAGGGUCUGCUGGCAGACCAGAUCUAAGGCCUUCACAAAAACAGGAUGGUGAUAGCUCUAGAGAUCCUCCAUCCAAAGCACUCCCAGUACCCUCAAGAACUGCUGACACUGAUCUGAAAGGUGGUUUGGUAUCUGGUAAAGAACCACCACAGAGACCUGUGAUCCCCCCAAGAAGGCCUCCUCCUCCUAAAAAAGCUAGUGCUGAUACAACUGAUGGAAAAAUACAGAAGGACUCUGAACUUAUAUCUUCCCCAGUAGGGAACAGACCAAUAAUGGUUCCACCAAGAGCCAAACCAUUCCAUCCUUCAUCAAGCAAUGAUGAUACCAAAGUCAAACCUAGCUUUGUUCCAAAGACACAAGCACCAAGGCAGAUGGAUAAAGAAAUAAGGGAAAAGCCAGCCUUCACUUUACCAACCCCAGAGGUUUCUAAAGAAACCCAUUAUGUGGCUAUUGCUGAUUUUGAUGGAGAUGAGGACACCAGCAGCUUUAAAGAAGGGACUGUGUUUGAUGUACAAGAAAAAAGCUCUGGUGGCUGGUGGUUUUGUAGGGUUCUUAGUGGCGGGCCAAAUUGGGAGGGCUGGAUACCUUCCAACUAUCUAAGAAAGAAGCCAUAGUGGCUGUAUUAGUUUACGCAAAUUCAAUAGUCUCCAAUUUCAUGUGUAUUUAAUUAGCUGAUUAAUUUAUAGUUUUUACAUAAAGCCUGCUUUUUUUUAAAACAUUCCGUAAUUUUUUUAUAUUACUAUUAUAUGAACAACAAGAGAAGGACAGGAAUUAGGAAAAAUAUAAUUUUGUCCAGAAAUUUUGUUAGUGAAUUAAAUUUCCCGGCUUCACCUGCUAAUAUUAUAAUGCAGAAUGCCGCUAAGAUUUGUAGUCCAGCAAUGGUUGAGGGCCACAGGCUGGCUAUAACUCCUUACCUUGAGCCCCAAGAAAAUUCAGCCAUGAUUGUUUUAGAUGUUGAUAAAGGAAGCCCCUAUUUGGUUUUGUUCUUAUAAAACUAGCUGUAUUUUAUGUUAGCUAAAUCCAAUGUAUUGUCAUUUCUGAUACUCCAUACUGCUAAAGGGUGAAAGAGGGAUGGGCAGUGCAGCAGCAAAGCUGUUCCUACGAACAGCUCAUGUACCUUUUAUAUUCCAUCAAACAUCUAUUAUAAUAGAAGCAACAAGACAUUAUUAUAUUUUUGUUUUGUUUUUGCUAUGUAAAUAGCUGUUAGAAAGGUGCAAUCCAAAAAGAGAUGUAUGGAAUGUGAAAAAGAAAUGGAAAGAAAUCACAUCAGGUAUAAACCUUUCCUGAUGAAUGUGAAAUGAUUUCCCCUAAUUGCUUAGUUCCCCUUUAACAACAGAAAAGUUUGAUUCUCUAUUUUAGAUGAGACCAGUGUAACUGACCAGAAUCUAGAAUUUUCCUCUGCUGAUUUGAAGAGAUGGUCAAAUGUGGCUUCUUCAUUCAAAAAGGAGCUGAUGUUUAUGCACCUUGGCCAUUUGGAAUCUUGGUGUAUUUUAUACAGUUUGGAAAUGCGACUCAUUGAUUCUGGAGUGUUCACACUGGGCUAGUAAGGAUGCCUGGUUAAUUUAAUCAUAAGAAACUAAGGAAAGUGUCCUAGUUAUCAUUGACUAGCCACAGUAUAUGAAGGCCCCACCCAAGUGCACCUUAUUAAAUCUUCACCUGGGGAACCAGUCCAUAUGGUGAAAUGCAGGCGCUCAAUAAGCUAACUCCAGACUAGGCUUGUACAAUGAGAGUAAAUUAUCUGGUACAGUAUAACAGGCAUUUUUAGUUAUAAAUACAGUAGAGUUACCUCUGUAAACAGGCUGGGUUCAUCUUUCUUGGAGGACUUUAAGAGUUAAAAUGACUGACCGUAUGUGCUUUAGUAAUGUAAUUUUUUUCAACUAAUAUUUUUUUUUUUUUUUUUAGAAAUUUGAGGUAUAUUUGAGAAUUAGGUAUUUGUUAGGCUAAAGCUGAAAGCUGUUAUUUGUAUGUAGCGGAGCUGUGCUCCGAGCUUUUGCUGCCUUCUCUAAAGAGAACGAUACAGUGAGUAGCCAAUUUGCUGCUGCCUCUCUUGUUGUUCUGUUUACUUUGACAGAUGUUAAUUUAAACAUCAACAAGGCAAAAAACAAAACAAAAAAAAAAAACAAAUUCCAUGCACACAUUGCACAUUUGAUAGUAUAUUAUUAUCCUGCAGUAUUAUUCUAUAUCUUGCUAUUGCUUCACCAAAAUGGGGGCUGCAUCCCCCAAGUGCAUGUUACUAGUUUCACUGUGGUCUGAAGACUAUUAAAAUGCAUCAUCAUGAAACCAACAAAAUGUUUACUUUGUGUGGCACCCUUUCCUUUUUAUAUUUCCUGUGUCCGUCCAAAAUGACACCCCAACAGGUAACAAUCAGAUUUAGUCACCUGUGGCAGUUGACAGUUAAAAUUUGGUGGCCUGCUUUGAGAAAGAAAAAUUGUAGUUGGUUACUAGGCCUGCAACAAUCUCAGACCUGGAAGUUUUGUUUUUAACCCAUGCACUGAUCAAACCCCUGGAUGCACCCUUAAAUGUGCUCCCAGCUGUGCCCAGUGCUACCUAUUUUAAUGGGUGAGGUUUAACAUUUGGGUACUAAAUACAGGGAGGGUUACUGGGAUAUUUGAGGGGGUUGGGGGGAAUUAAUUGAGUGCAGAAGAAUCCAUGUGAGUUGCAGUUGGCAUGUCUGCAAAUGUUACAUUGCACCAAAGGGAUUUCCUACCUACUAGGUUUGCCCGGUUUUUGUAAGGUUGUCCAGUUGAAAACUGCCUGCCCCAUUUAACAAUUUAGGAAAUCUAGACAGUGAAUGAAGCAGCCAUCAGCCUGACAUGACUAGACCAUCCACUUAAUGUCUCCACCCGACCGUAGCUGCCCCCACCAGACUUCUCUACUCCGAAAUUGGCAACCCUGCUUCAACCCAGAUUGUAUUCUUCAUGGAAAGGAAUAUUCCUAUAUAAAAAAUGUGCAGGCUUUAUUUACCCAAACACACCAACUGGCCAAACCCAAAUUAAACUUACUCUGUGUCUAGAGCUACCCACAACCCACUUUAUGGAAAUUUGGCACUGCCCCAGGAAAAAUGGGCCAGUUGGUAUGUGUCUGCAAUAAUUGAAGAUUUUUAUGUUGUUUACAUACAUUGACCAGUCUCUGGUCCACCAGCUCUAGUGAAAUUCCAACUCCCAGUAUCUUCCCAAAAAACUUUGGCUGUGGGUGGAAUGUUGAAAGAUUUGGUUACAUAGCAGGUUGCAGGUCUCUGAUUUACGUGGGGUUCCCCCUUCUCUCAAUCAGCCCCUGGGGGUAUAUUUGUAACUGAGCCAAAGUGACCUUGUCUGACCCCUCUCAUUGUGCCUUCACAGUAUUACACAUCUGUUACAUGUUCUCUGCUUCCUUUAACACAUAAUCAGCCCUCUAUUCUGCCAAAUUGAAUUCACUUCUCACAUAUAUAUAUUGUAGCAAUGUUGGUGGGAGGCGUCAGCCACACCUACUGGUAACAAACCAGCCUGGGUAUUACUGUUUAUACCACAAGGGAAAAAUGGAGAACAGACUUCAAAUAAGACAUUUAUGACUAAUGGCUUCUCUUAUAUAAUUAGAGGGCUUAUAUAUUUCUCCUCCAGAUAUUCGCUACAAAAAUUGAUCAUUAUGGAUAUUGUCUGUGUUUUAUAUAUAUAUAUAUAUAUAAUAUAUAAUAUAUAUAUAUAUAUAUAUAUAUAUAUAUAUAUAUAUAUAUAUAUAUAUUCCUAGCUUUGUACCUGCCUAUGAUGCCUUUGUUUGUCCAAGCUUUCUGUAUUUGGUGUUUUGUCUUCUGUAGUAUGACAAACCCCAAUCUCAUCCUAAUAAAGUGCUUUUUUAAAAAAG